GAGCGUCUGCCCAGUCUUUGAGUGAGGUAAGAAGUAGAGAAAAGAGAGAGUAUAAGGAGAGAAAUAUUGUAUUCUGUUGAAUGAAAUUCCAGAAUACUUAAAAUCGUUGCAUAUCCCCUGCAUAUCCAUAACAGGCAAUGACCAAGCAUCGCAUAACUAAUCCAUCAUUACUGAUCACAGGCAGCAACUAAUCCGGCAUUAUCGUUUAACAACUUCAACUGAUAUUUAAAAUACUACCCUAUAAUUCUGGGCUCCCCUAUUAUUGGGCUCAAGUAUUUCAUUAGCCCAUUUUCAUAUACUCUGGCCCGUAGCAAAAUGGAGCUGUGGGCAUACAAAGACUUGGAUGUGGAUGAAUCUUACAUGAUCAGUUUUCCGUAUUGAAGCCUAAAAUCUCCUUGUAAGUUUCAGCAAUCCAGAUUUUGUUUGUUUUAGGGUCAUAGAUGAAUCUUGGAAAUAAAACAUGGUUCUCGGAGGUAAUAGAUUUUGUUUCACUUCUACACUGGUUUCAUUUUUCCACAUCUUUUAUUUCAAGUCUCAUAAGACAUUUUAAAGUCUGCAACUAUGCUUGUUUUAAUGUACAUAUUUACAGACAGGUUGCUCUGAAUUGCAAUUGCUUUGGACCCAAAACAGAGAGAGAAACGCUUCUAGCCCGUAUGAAAAUCUAAAUCAAAAGACUCGUAAAAAAAGGGGAAAGAAAAAGGAAGUGUAUCAUACGUUAAAGUCUAACAGGGGCAAUGACCAUGAACAACCAGUUGACUGUUUGACUUUCCAGUUCCUAACGUAAAUGCAACUUCCGGAGUCGACCCUAGAGUGAAAAAUAGGUUAGAGACUUCUUCCGGUGAGUUUCGACGUACUGGAAACUGCAAUUAACGUAUAUAUAAACAUCAGACCAAGGUUGUUAUUUGCAUGCACACCAUUUGUUAAACAUGGAGAGGGUAACCUUGUUUGCUUUUCUACUCUUAUAUGUUACAUUACAAUAUUAUUCACUUAAUGUUGCUUCUGAUUCUGCCGCAGAAGCACAGGCACUACUCAAAUGGAAAGCCAGCUUUCAAAACCAAGACCAUCCUGUUUUGCUUUCUUGGAAUAUUUCCAAUUCUGCACCCAAUACUUCCACCAACCUAAAAACAAAAACAAGUCCAUGUGCUUGGUUUGGAAUCAAUUGCAACAAUGCUGACAGCAUUAUGAGGAUCAACCUCACUGGCUAUGGUGUAAAAGGUACGCUCCAUACAUUUCCAUUCUCAUCUUUGCCUAAUCUUGCACAGUUAGACCUUAGCACCAAUGAACUCUAUGGCAUAAUCCCACCUCAAAUCGGUCAACUCUCCAAACUCACUUACCUUGAUUUAUCAACCAAUCAGUUGUCCGGGCAAAUCCCACCUGAAAUUGGCCACCUUAUACACCUCGAGACCCUCCACCUUGCUGAAAAUCAGUUGAACGGCUCAAUUCCUCGAGAAAUUGGUCUGCUGAAAUCUGUUACGGAGCUUGCCUUGUACAGCAACAAUCUAAAUGGUUCCAUUCCUGCUUCUCUUGGUGACUUAAGCCAACUGGUUUCCUUAUAUCUCUAUAAUAAUUCCCUUUCUGGUCCCAUUCCUCCAGAAAUGGGAAACAUGGCCAAUUUGUUUGAAGUUUACAUGGACACAAACCAUCUGACCGGUCCCAUCCCUUCCACGUUUGGAAACUUGAAAAAGUUAACUGUGCUUUACAUGUUUAGCAAUCAUCUUUCUGGAUCCAUUCCUUCUGAAUUAGGGCAUAUGAAAUCUCUCACUGAAAUAGGCCUUUAUCAAAAUAAUCUAUCUGGUUUGAUCCCGACCUCAUUAGGUGACUUGACACUUCUUACACGUCUCCAACUUUAUGAAAAUAAUCUUUCUGGCCCCAUUCCUGAGGAGAUAGGAAACUUGAAAUCUCUUGUUUAUCUAGAGUUGAGUCAAAAUCAACUCAAUGGUUCUAUUCCUGCUUCACUUGUUAAUUUGAGCAACUUGGAAACUUUGUUCCUUCGAGACAACCAACUUUCAGGUCCCAUACCUCAAGAAAUAGGAAAUUUCAUGAAGCUGACCAUGUUAGAAUUAGACCACAACCAUCUGACUGGAAAUUUGCCCCAAAUCAUUUGCCGUGGUGGAUCACUUAGAUACUUCACAGCAAAUGACAACCAUCUUACGGGGCCAAUCCCUAAAGGGUUGAAAAAUUGCACGAGCUUGCAUAGAGUCUACCUUGAAGGAAACCGACUCACUGGGAAUAUAUCUGAAGGCUUUGGCGUUUAUCCGAGCCUAAACUUCAUUGACUUAAGUGACAAUGAAUUUUAUGGUGAAGUGUCAUCUAAUUGGGGGAUGUGCAAAAGUUUACAGGGCCUAUCUAUUGCGAGGAACAAUAUCACUGGUAGAAUACCACCAGAGAUUGGAAACUCAAGCCAGAUUAAACUCCUCGAUCUUUCUUCAAAUCAUUUAGUAGGGGAAAUUCCAAUGGAAAUUGCAAAGUUGACUUCUUUGAUUAAGCUUCAUUUGAACGGGAAUCAACUUUCUGGUGGUAUACCAUUGGAACUGGGACUUUUAUCUAGCCUUUUGGUUCUUGACUUGUCUGCGAACCAGUUGAGCAAGUCGAUCCCUGAAACUAUAGGGAAUCCGUCCAACCUAUACUACUUGAAUUUGAGCUUCAAUCAGUUUAGCCAAAGAAUUCCAAUUCAAAUAGGCAAGUUAACUCAUCUGACUUUGCUAGAUUUGAGUCACAACAUGCUUUCAGGGACGAUUCCAGUGGAAUUUCAGAAGUUGCAGAGCCUGUUGAUGUUAAAUCUUUCUUACAACGAUCUGUCUGGUGAAAUUCCAGCCUCUUUUGAGCAGCUCCGAGGCUUGUCCUCCGUUGACAUAUCAUACAAUGAGUUGCAGGGUUCCAUUCCCAACUGCCAAGCAUUUCAAAAUGCUUCAAUAGAAGCAUUACGAGGGAACAAAGGUUUGUGUGGCAAUGUUAGCGGAUUGCCACCCUGCACACCUUUUUCUAGGAAGGGCCACAACGCCAAGAUCAUCUUUGCAAUUAUAUUCCCUCUAUUGGCAGUUGCUUCUCUCCCGAUCUCAUCAAUUGCUUUGUUGUUCAUCUUCAAAAAAAGGAAGAAAGAUGCGGACGAAGAAAGACAAAGCAGUGUGAAUGACGAAAUUUUUUUGUCAACACCUUCCUUCAAUGGAAGAAUACUAUAUGAAGAGAUCAUUAGAGCUACCAAAGAUUUCGAUGCUCAAUAUUGUAUUGGAAAUGGAGGAUAUGGAAAUGUAUACAAAGCGGAGCUGUCAUCAGGUGAUAUUGUAGCUGUGAAGAAAUUGCGUCCAUUGCAUAGUGGUGAAACGGCAGAUCAAAAGCAAUUCCUGAAUGAGGUAAGGGCAUUGAUAGAAACACGACAUCGAAAUAUUGUGAAGUUCUAUGGUUUUUGUUCAUUUGCAAAACGCUCCUUCUUGGUUUACAAGUACCUUGAAAGGGGUAGUUUGGCUUCUGUUCUAAGCAACGAUGAAGAAGCUAAGAAAUUGGACUGGAAUAAGAGGGUGAACAUCGUAAAAGGUGUUGUUCACGCCCUCUCUUAUUUGCACCAUGACUGUUCACCACCGAUUGUUCAUCGAGACAUAAAGAGCAGCAACAUUUUGCUUGAUUUAGAGUUUGGAGCUCAUGUUUCAGACUUUGGCACUGCGAAGCUUCUCAAUCCAGACUCAUCCAAUUGGACUCAUAUUGCUGGAACAUACGGAUAUAUAGCACCAGAGCUUUCCUACACAAUGAAAGUUACUGAAAAAUGCGAUGUGUAUAGUUUCGGUGUGCUGGCAUUGGAAGUGAUAGUGGGGGCAUAUCCGAGUGAUUUUCUCUCUAAUCUAUCAGUUCUAUCUCCUGAACUGCAGCUUCCGCUAAACAAUGUGCUGGAUCAAAGGCUUUCACCUCCACCGCCCGAAGUUGAGAACAAACUCGCAUUCAUCCUGAAGCUGGCUGUUUCAUGUUUGGAUAACAAUCCAAAAUGUAGGCCAACCAUGUACACGGUUUCUCAGCUGUUGUUUGACCGAAUCUAGUCCUAGCUAGGAUAAUUUUAUCUAUAUCUAAGGGGCUACCUUAGAAAUGUUUUGUAUUGCUUUAAUGUUGUUUCUUCAGUUUUUGUGUUCUAUCAUAGGUAAAAGGAUUAGCAUUUUUGUACCGUUAACAAUUAGUUUUUGUUGAGAAUUGAGAUUGUCAUAAACACCAUGGUAGUGCAAUGAGGGUAGUUUCAGAUAUUUGCUUGUAACUAUGUUUUAUUAAUUUAAUUCUAGUAAUUGCGUAAGAAUAAAAUAAUUCCACCAAGCCCUUAUUAAUUGAGAUAUCUUAUUUAUAUGCAAAGGAUUCUUAUUAA